GAGGGACGCCGUGGAGGAGAAAGACAACGCAGCGAACAAAACACACAAUGGCGACGGCGGCGACAACGGCAGGCGGAACGGGCUCGGGUGGACCGAACACUGGCCCCGUCGGUGGUUUAACUGCAGUGGGACGAAAGAAAGAUGGUGGUCCGUCUGCGAAAUUUUGGGAAAGUUCAGACACGAUAUCCCAGCUGGAGACGGUGCGACUCUGGAUCGGAAAGCACUACAAGAAGCACGUCCAGAAUGACUCCCCCUCCAGUAAAUCCCUGGCAGGUCUCGUGGUCCAGCUGCUGCAUUUCCAGGAAGAUGCAUUUGGGCGAAGAGUCAACAAUCCUGCUCUUACAAAGCUACCUGCCAAGUGUUUCCUGGAUUUCAAGGCAGGAGGUGCUCUCUGUCACAUUUUGGGAUCUGUCUACAAGUUUAAGAGCGAGCAAGGCUGGCGAAGAUUUGACCUACAGAAUCCCUCCCGGAUGGACAGGAACGUGGAAAUGUUCUUAAAUGUUGAAAAGAACCUGGUCCAGAAUAACUGCUUGACUCGACCCACUGUUUACCUGUCGCCAGACAUCGAGCAGAAACAGGCUAGUAAGCUCAAAGACAUCAUCAAAAGACACCAGGGCUCCAUUACGGAUGACAAGUCGAAGGCCACCCAUAUCAUUUACCCGUCACUAUCCCAGCAAGAAGAAGAGGAGUGGCUGCGUCCUGUCAUGAGAAAAGACAAGCAGGUGCUUGUCCAUUGGGGUCUCUACCCAGACAGCUACGACACCUGGGUGUCAGCCAGUGAGUUAGACGGUGACCCAGAGGACCCACCCAGCACUGACAGACCUUGGAAGGUCCAUGCCAAGUGGGUUUUAGACACAGAUGCCUUCAAUGAGUGGAUGAAUGAGGAAGACUACGAAGUGGAUGAGAACAAGAAGCCAGUCAGCUUCCGCCAGAGGAUUUUCCCCAAAGAGGAAGAGUCUUCCCGUACACCCGAUCGCAAGGAGCGCAAGGCCAACUCUGCGGGAAAGAAGAGGAGGCGCUCACCCUCUCCACCCAGCACUCCAGCCGAGUCCCGUAAGAAGGGAGGCAAGAAGGGGAACCCGGGACCUCACUGGAAACGACGGGGCCACAGAGGAGAAGAGGAGGACACUGAAGAGGACAUGACAAAAGACAUGGACGAUUCCUCAGCUGGUGCUAGCAUGGAGGAGGGCAGCAUCUCCAAGAAUGCAAAUUCAAAGAAAGACAGCGAGAAUACACCGGUCAAAGGAGGGCAUGUGGCCGACUUGGAUGACAUGGAAGAUGAAUCUGUGAUGUCUGGUGGGAAGGAUGAUGAGGAACAAGGCAAAAGUGAAAUAAACCGACUGGAUGCCAAUGAGGACAAUGUGACUGAACAGACGCAUCACAUCGUUAUCCCCAGCUAUGCUGCUUGGUUUGACUACAACAGCAUCCAUGAGAUCGAGAGACGAGCCUUGCCAGAGUUCUUCAACGGAAAGAACAAGUCCAAAACUCCAGAAAUAUACCUGGCCUAUCGCAACUUCAUGAUCGACACGUAUCGGCUGAAUCCUCAGGAGUACCUCACCUCCACCUCCUGCCGCAGGAACCUGACUGGAGAUGUUUGCGCCAUCAUGAGGGUACAUGCAUUCUUGGAGCAGUGGGGUUUGGUGAACUACCAGGUCGAUGCAGAGUCUCGUCCAUUGCCGAUGGGCCCCCCACCCACUCCUCAUUUUACUGUGCUGGCCGACACACCCUCUGGCCUCAUGCCUCUUAACCACAGGCCCCAACCGAUUCCUCCUCCACAGCCAAUGCCAAAUUUUGCAGACAAAAGCAAAGACAAGCCCAUCGACCUGCAGAACUUUAGCCUUCGUUCUGACCUCUACAACAGGAAAAGCAUCAAGGGUAAAGCAGGCAGCACCACCAGAGAUUGGACUGAGCAGGAGACUCUGCUGCUGCUCGAGGCCCUGGAGAUGUAUAAAGAUGACUGGAACAAAGUUUCAGAGCAUGUUGGUUCACGCACCCAAGAUGAGUGCAUCCUGCACUUCCUGCGAUUGCCCAUUGAAGAUCCAUACCUGGAGAGCACGGAGGCCACACUUGGGCCUCUUUCCUAUCAGCCCAUACCUUUCAGCCAGUCUGGGAACCCAGUCAUGAGCACAGUAGCCUUCCUGGCAUCUGUUGUGGAUCCCAGAGUGGCAUCUGCUGCAGCCAAGGCAGCACUAGAGGAGUUCUCUCGUGUGCGUGAAGAGGUGCCAGCUGAGUUGGUGGAGGCUCACGUGAAGAAGGUGCAGGAGGCGGCCAGAACUACUGGGAAGGUGGAUCCCGCCUUUGGUUUGGAGAGCAGCGGCAUUGCUGGAACUGCCCCCGAGGAGCCAGAAAAGACUGAAACUACAGAGCCGGAAAAGAUGGAAACAGACUCCGACUCCCAGCAGGUUGACAAGGGUGAGUUGAAGGAUGAGGCUGAGAAGCCGAGCGAGUCUGCCGAGAAGAGCGACAAGACAGAAGCAGCAGAAAAGGUGAAAAAAGAGGGAGCGGAGGCAUCGGAGCGUGAAGAAGAGAAUGAAGAGGGAGGGGAGGCUAAGACCGCUCAAGCAGACAAAGACAAAGAGGAGUCUACGGAGACAUCAUCUUCAGACCAGGAGAAGGAGAAGGAGGAGAAAACCCCUACAGAGGAGGGAGAGGACAAGGGCAAGAAGCUGGAACAUGAUAUCGGAGAAGGAAACAUUGCCACUGCGGCUGCUGCUGCCUUGGCAUCUGCUGCCACAAAAGCCAAGCAUUUGGCAGCAGUGGAGGAGAGGAAGAUCAAGUCCUUGGUGGCUCUGCUGGUCGAGACCCAGAUGAAGAAACUGGAGAUCAAGUUGAGGCACUUUGAGGAACUUGAGACCAUCAUGGACCGUGAGAAAGAGGCUUUGGAGCUUCAGAGGCAGCAGCUGCUAACCGAGCGUCAGGCGUUCCACAUGGAGCAACUCAAAUACGCCGAAAUGAAGGCGAGGCAGCAGAUGGAGCAGCAAGCGGCAGCCGCGGCUGCUGCUGCAGCUGCCCAGGCCCAAGGACAGGGGCAGGGGCCUGGGGCUGGACCACACUCUGGGCCCCCUCCACCAGGCAUGCACCCAGGAGGACCCACACCACAUCACGGAGGACCUCCUCCCCACCACGGAGCACCUCCACCACACCAUGGAGGGCCCCCACCCGGCGCUGCAAUGCACCCUGGCUACCCCCCAAUGGGUCACCACCCAAUGGCCCCUCACCACCCAGGACAGACAGGACCAAUGGGACCAGGUCAGCCAAUGCCUGGACGUAUGAUGUCUGGCCCUCCUUCUGCUGGGCCUCCUCCUGGUGGCAUGCCUCCCAUGAUGCCCCCACGCCACCCCGGAGCCCCCAACGGCAUGUAUCCUGGUCCACCACCUGCACAGCCUGACGCGAUCCCUCCUGCUCCUGUAGGUCCUCCAGCACCUCCGAGUGGGCGAGUGGCUGACAACUAAGAGCUACACACGCAGA